GUCCACUCACCUUCACGCGACGCGGGGAGCGCGGGGACGCGUCCAGCCCCUUCCUCAACAUCUUCACCACAACAUUGCCCUCACGACCUCACCAGUUUGAUCCAGUUGAGAUGGGAGACCUUACGCAGUACUACUGGACGCCGUCGAGUGGCGUAUCCAUCGACGACUUCCUUAAGAAGUACACGCCUUCCAUCCUGGACCAGGGCGACGCGCCAUGGAUUUGGAUUGGCACCAGUGACGCCAGAGUCGACCCGGAAGCUGAGACCGGCGCUCAGACGGAGGCGGUCGCGAAAGGAGCCGUUGUUCUGGACGAGACUUACAAACGGCUGAUAGAGAUUGGGAAAGACCCCAACAUCCCGGUCCGUGGUAAAAAAGGCGGUCUAAACAAGAAGCAGGCGCGUGAGGAGGCCCAGCAGAAGGCAGCGGACGCGCUGAAAGAUAUCUCACUCGAGACGGGCUACACGCAUGGGAAAUGGAUGUCGUUUUCCCGGCCCGAGAACGUCGACGCCAUAUGGGCGAGAGUGGCAAAGUCCGUUGCGUAUGGCCCACUGCACGAUUUGGGCGUGACCACCGCAAAGGUCGCCACGCGUGACCCCGAAGCCGGUACCAUGGGCACGCAUGUGGUGAUCAUUUAUGUUGACAACGUCUACGACAAGGACAUGAUGACGAAGGUGCUCGUGUCGCUGCUCGAGGACCAUGGCAUCGAGGCCAGUGCCUGCAAAAGCGACCUCUACACAGCGCUUAGGAUUGACUCGAAGCACUCGUCAGGUGUGCGCUCGAGUAUUUGGCGGCCCACCGAGCUUGUGAUGAACGUCAAGGUGCUCAAGGACAAGUACAGGCCUUGGAACGAGAAGAAGUGGGGCCGCAAAGAUGAGGCUGCUAAGGCCAAGCGCAAGCGCCCGGGAGCAGCAAGUCCCAAAGAGCAGGGAGGCAAGUCGGGAAGCAAGGAGCCAAGCCCGGAGUUGAAGAAGGAGGUGUCGUUCUCCGAUAAGGUCGAAGUGCAGCACCAACACUCGCCCGCGAAGCAGAAUGGACGGCCCGCGAAGCGUCCCAAGUCUGCAGCGGCAAUGUUCAAGGAGAACGACAUUUUUGCGGCGGACAGCGAGGAGGAGUAGUGUUGUACUGUAUCAUUGGCAUGUCAGUUUAUUAUGGCGUCU